AGAUUAAACAUAUUAAUGAAGUACGUUAAAAAAAUUACAACUUUAUUUUGCAAGUAGGAUUGAAAUCCAAAGCCAAAAAAUCAAUUGUAAUUAAAAAAAUCAACGGUCAUGAUUGAUUUAGAAUAGUCUUCCUUUGACUAAGUCUUAAUCAAAACACAAUCAAAUAAAUAUAUAAAGAACUAACGAAGGCAAAUGCUUUUUUCUUUCUUACAAUCUCACAGAGUCUUUCUUGUAGACACAAAAAAAUGGCUAACCCCAACGAGUGGUCUCAGUUCUACAACAAUAACCAAACUUUCUUCACAACUUCCACCACCGCUUCGACCGCUGUCACAACCACCACUGCCGGUGAUACCACCUCCAUAGACUCUCGUCUGAGUCCAGAAACUGGCCGUGUAACCAAGCCAACACGUAGAAGAUCCAGAGCCUCACGUAGAACACCAACAACGCUUCUCAACACCGACACUUCCAACUUCCGUGCCAUGGUUCAGCAAUACACUGGCGGACCAUCCGCGAUGGCUUUCGGAUCCGGCAGUACUACUUCUGGUUUCAGCCUCACCUCAUCGUCGGAUCCAUCAGCUGGAUCUUCUCAACAAGCUCUAUGGCAAUAUAAUUUCCAGCCUCACGCGCCGCUGCAGCCACCGCAACGGCCUUACAUGUUUUCUUUGAACAACGUGAAUCCCGUGGUUGGAUAUAGUAACAUGAACAACCCUAAUACGGUGGUUUCCGGUGUGUUUGGGACGGUGGAUGGUUCUGGUGGAGGAGGUUCUGCACCGUCGUCUAAGGAGGCUACGAAUAGUAAUACUUCUUCUUCGAGGUUCCAAUGAGAAAACGAUUGGAUUCUUUUUGAAUUUGUUUUUUGGUUUUCGCAUAAAGGCAGAAAUGUUAGGUACUGACUUUCUUUGUCAUAGAAUGAAAACUUUGACUUUUGUAUAUUUAAGUUUUUUUCUUUCAUAUUUGUGAUUUAAUCCAUUUUUUAGGCUUUUGGCAUAAGUUUGUUUAAUUAUGGCGUUGUCAUGGACCACAAUAUGCAUAUAUUCAAUGCUGAAGUUGCAUGCUUGCA